GCCAAUCGGCUAGCGUCAAAUGCACACACCCACUACUUACAGCGUGGUAAACAACUCAUCAACUUCGAAGCGGCUCAGCGGCAAGUGGGAGGAUUUUUGCGAAGAUCUGGACUUUUUACUGUGACAUUCAAGCAUGCCUUCAUUUCCACAAUACCUGACUGUUGAUCAAGAGAAUGAACUCCGAAAGAUUGCCAAUGCCAUUGUGGCACCAGGGAAGGGGAUAUUGGCAGCUGAUGAAUCUACUGGUACAAUGGGCAAGAGGUUUGCCUCCAUUGGUGUAGAGAACACAGAGGAGAAUAGACGACGAUACAGGGAACUGUUGUUCACAGCAGACCCCGCAGUUGCUCAGAACAUCAGCGGUGUCAUUCUGUUCCAUGAGACAUUCUACCAGAAAGCAAAGGACGGCACUCCAUUUGUGAAAAUUCUGAAGGACAAAGGCAUGAUCCCUGGCAUCAAGGUCGACAAAGGAGUUGUUCCCCUUGCUGGUACAGAUGGAGAAAGUACAACACAAGGUUUGGAUAGUUUAUCUGAACGAUGUGCACAGUAUAAGAAGGAUGGAGCAGAAUUUGCUAAAUGGAGAUGUGUCCUCAAGAUCGGUUCUCACACACCUUCUUACCAGGCUAUGUUUGAGAAUGCCAAUGUUCUGGCUCGUUAUGCCAGCAUCUGUCAACAGAAUGGCCUUGUUCCAAUAGUUGAACCAGAGGUUCUUUGUGAUGGAGAUCAUGAUUUAGAAACAGCACAAAAAGUAACUGAACAGGUCCUGGCCUUCACCUACAAAGCCCUGGCUGACCACCACAUCUUUCUGGAAGGAACUUUACUGAAACCAAACAUGGUCACUGCUGGUCAGUCCUGUACCAAGAAAUACACUCCUGAGCAGAACGGUAGAGCUACAGUCAUAGCCCUCAGUCGUGGGGUUCCAGCAGCUGUCCCUGGGAUCACCUUUUUGUCAGGGGGACAAUCUGAGGAAGAUUCUACCAUCAAUCUGAACGCCAUAAAUCUCUGUCAAGGCCCUAAGCCCUGGGCACUUUCUUUCUCAUUUGGGCGAGCUUUACAGGCCUCAGUACUGAAAGCCUGGCAGGGCAAGGAUGAGAAUGUGAAAGCUGCACAGCAGCAGCUUCUGACCAGAGCUAAGGCCAAUGGACUUGCUGCCAUGGGAAAAUACCAAGGAGGUGAAUCAGGCAAAGCUUCAGGAGAAUCCCUGUUUGUAGCCAAUCAUGCAUACUGAAGGCCAUAAUAAACAAUAAAAUAGGAUCCUACAGCAAUAUAAACAUUUAGAACAAUACCUGGGAGACAAUAGAACCUCAACAUGUAUUAGCAGCGAAUACACAAUGCAACAUCAGUUUCAUAUCUCAUAAUAUAUCUUGUACAUUUCCAUGUUGAUGUACUAUUUAGCUUUUUUUUCCAACUGAUCUCGCAUCUUUUAACACACUACACCAACUUCAGAGUUGAUGCAUUGCCAUAAUUGCAAUUGGUCAUUUUUUUAUAUAGAUUUUUUAAAAUAUUAAUAACCACAUACUUGAGCUGACUUGUUAACUGUGAUUGACACUGGUACUGUGUACCUAAUUAUUUAAUAUAUUUUGAGGCCAAAUUUAAUAUUUUGUUGUAGUUUGAACUAAAUGUUUAUUAAAAUGUAAUGCUACUGCCCAAGACAUUAUGAAAUCUUUUCAUUAUGUAAUAUUCGGUGCAACCUAUUAAAGUAUACAUGUACAUGUAUUCUCUAGCUUUUGUUUCAUUUCAGCCUUAUACUUGUAUAUUUACAAUGAAUGAUUUUUGCCAUAAAUGAGGGAACAAUAAAGAAGAGUAUAUGUAA